AUGACGUCACUUGGGAAGAAAGUGCGCAAUUGUGCAUGUUUUGCCCAGAAUAAGCUAAGUGAGCUUGCAUCACUCUUUGACGCCUUAUCCUUAACUCCAGCUCUUGCAAUGACCGAGCGCUGCGCCUGUUGCAGUGCCAUUACCCAUCCUGCCACAUGCUCCAUCGAUGACUCUCCUGCUGCACCCUUGCCGACAUCUCCUACCUCUGAAAGGCAACGCUCUACCCAGCUGAAUAUUGCUUGUGCAAAACGUGUACAGUCUUUUUUGCAAGCUAUGUUUAUUGAAUAUGGAGAAAAUAAGCAAUUUUUGUCUUUUUCUGAAAUAUCUCCAAAUUAUUUCAAUAUUCCAGAAAAGGAGAAAGGAACUUUCUUUGAGGGUUGCUUGAAUGAUGAUUGUGCAGAGAAGGAAAAAGAUGAGUGA